AUGAACAAGAUAAAAAAAGUUAUUGAUGAUCUUAUAGAUAAAUUAGAAAAUCUGCAAGUUAAAGUUAAAUCUGGUCAAUCAAUAAAACGUGAUGAUGAAGAUGAAUCUAAGAAAAAGAAAAAACAUCAUUGUCAUCGUUCAUUUGAUUCAGAAUAUGGCCGAAAAAAAUUUAGGUAUAAUAUUCCUGUUCAUAGCUCAUCUGAUAAACGGAAAUUUCGACGAUGUCAAAAUUCUAGUACAAUUUUGCAAGUUUUUGAAAUUCGUCAAUAUUGUCGAAUAUCCGUAAUUGGGAAGAUCAUCAUGGAAUUACGAAAAUUAUAA